UUCAAAACAAAAUUCACCGCUACUUUCUUCUUCAAAUAUAUCUUCAAUACCUCCAUAUAUUUCUCAUCUUCCUGCAUAUUCUUCAGCAACAUUAGAUUCUCGUUGGCAAGAAAAACAACAUCAACAACAACAAAGACAUCCAUCGUCUUCUGCACCAAUUCAAAGAAGGCAAAGAGUUGUUGUUUUUGGAGGAGAAAAUGUUGGAGGAGGAGGAGGAAUGAUACCAAAUAGUUUAAGUCAACAACAAAUGCCCCCAAUAAUACCUCCAGCACCUAUUUCCUCUAAUUUGCCUUUAUAUAAACAACAUUCUUCCUUUCAGAAUACAGUUCCUUCUCAACUUUAUUGUAUUAGACAACCAGCAACAUUACCUACUUCUUAUAAAAGCAAUUCACUUCCUAGAAGGCGAGUAAAGUAUUCAAUCAGUAUUUGGCGGUGGAGGGUGGACAGCAGCACCUCUUCCUCUACAACAACAACAACCAUUUCCUAGAGCUACAGUAAAAUGGCGUAAUGACUAUACUUUCAAUGCUGCCUUUCCAUUUUAUUCAAAUAAUUCACCACAAUCAACAUCAAUACCCUCAAC